CUUGCGCCGUACCCUCCUCCCAGCGUUCAGUGGGCCCGCCGGGCGGUGGGUGCCUCACUCGCCACCGCGGCCACGGAGCGGACGGAGGAGACCGGCGGACGCGGCUGAGCCAGACCGACGCAGACCAGGUGGAGGGAGAGGACCACAGUGCACACGCGCCCGCCUGCCGCCAUGAAGCCCCCUGCAGCCUGCACAGCAGAUGUCUUGGACAAGGCAGCCCCCUGCUCCGUGGUGAACUACCUGAGAUGGGACCUGAGUGCCCAGCAAAUAGCGGAGCUCACGGCGGAGCUCAUGGAGCAGACCAAGCGCGUGUACGACCAGGUGGGCUCCCUGAAGUUUGAAGACGUGUCCUACGAGAGCACACUCAAGGCGCUGGCUGACGUGGAGGUGUCCUACACAGUUCAGAGGAAUAUCCUUGACUUCCCCCAGCACGUUUCUCCAUCCAAGGACAUUCGGACAGCCAGCACGGAGGCAGACAAGAAGCUGUCUGAGUUUGACGUGGAGAUGAGCAUGAGGCAGGAUGUGUACCAGAGGAUCGUCUGGCUGCAGGAAAAAGUUCAGAAGGACUCACUGAGGCCAGAGGCAGUGCGGUACCUGGAGCGACUGAUCAAGCUUGGCCGAAGGAAUGGGCUCCACCUGCCAGAGGAAACUCAAGAAAAAAUCAAAGGCAUCAAGAAGAAGCUGAGUCUCCUGUGCAUUGACUUCAAUAAGAACCUGAAUGAGGACACCACCUUCCUGCCCUUUACACGAGAGGAGCUGGGAGGCCUUCCUGAGGACUUCCUGAACUCUCUGGAGAAGACUGAGGAUGAGAAAUUCAAAGUCACCCUCAAGUACCCUCACUAUUUUCCUCUCCUGAAGAAAUGCCACGUCCCUGAGACCAGAAGGAAGGUGGAGGAAGCCUUCAACUGUCGAUGCAAGGAGGAGAACUGUGCCAUCCUCCGGGAGCUGGUGACCCUGCGGGCCCAGAAGUCCAGCCUGCUGGGCUUUGGUACGCACGCCGACUACGUCCUGGAGAUGAACAUGGCCAAGACCAGCCAGACGGUGGCCACUUUCCUAGACGAGCUGGCACAGAAGCUGAAGCCCCUUGGGGAGCAGGAGCGGGCGGUGAUCCUGGAGCUGAAGAAGGCCGAGUGUGAGAAGCGGGGCCUGGACUUCGAUGGGCGGAUCAAUGCCUGGGACAUGCGCUACUACAUGAACCAGGUGGAGGAGACGUGCUACAGCGUGGACCAGAACCUGCUCAAGGAGUACUUCCCCAUGCAGGUGGUCACCAGGGGGCUGCUGGGCAUCUACCAGGAGUUGCUGGGGCUGACCUUUGACCUGGAGGAGCACGCCGCUGUGUGGCACGAAGACGUGAAGCUGUACUCAGUGAGGGACACGGCCUCAGGAACGGUCAUCGGGAAAUUCUACCUGGACCUCUACCCCCGGGAAGGCAAGUAUGGGCACGCAGCCUGCUUUGGCCUGCAGCCAGGCUGUCUGCGACAAGACGGGAGCCGCCAGAUCGCCAUCGCGGCCAUGGUGGCCAACUUCACCAAGCCCACCCCGGAUGCCCCCUCCCUGCUGCAGCAUGAUGAGGUGGAGACCUACUUCCAUGAGUUUGGGCAUGUGAUGCACCAGCUCUGCUCUCAGGCGGAGUUUGCCAUGUUCAGCGGGACGCAUGUGGAGCGUGACUUUGUGGAGGCGCCUUCUCAGAUGCUGGAGAACUGGGUCUGGGAGAAGGAGCCGCUGCUCCGGAUGUCGCAGCAUUACAGGACGGGCAGCGCCAUCCCCCAGGAGCUGCUCGAGAAGCUCAUCAAGUCCCGGCAGGCCAACACAGGUCUCUUCAACCUGCGCCAGAUCGUCCUGGCCAAGGUGGACCAGGCCCUGCACACGCAGAAGGCCGCCGAGCCAGCCGAGGAGUAUUCCCGCCUCUGCCAGGAGAUCCUUGGGGUCCCAGCCACGCCAGGGACCAACAUGCCUGCGACCUUUGGCCACCUGGCGGGCGGCUACGACGCACAAUACUACGGCUACCUGUGGAGCGAGGUGUACUCCAUGGACAUGUUCCACACACGCUUCAAGCAGGAGGGCGUCCUCAAUGGCAAGGUCGGCUUGGACUACAGAAGCUGCAUCCUGAGACCGGGUGGCUCCGAGGAUGCCAGCGUCAUGCUGAAGCUCUUCCUGGGUCGUGACCCCAAGCAGGACGCCUUCCUCCUGAGCAAAGGCCUGCAGGUGGAGGGCAGCAAGCUGCUGGCCUGCUGAUGCGCCCGGGGGUCCCGCCAGCCCUGGAUGGGGGCUCUAGCUCCCGCUGCCCUGGUGCCUUAGCUCCCAGCCUGGAAACGGUGGGAGACGGUGGCCUCCAGCUCAGCGUCCCGGGGAGGGUGGGGCAGGGUGAGAGAGGGGCCGUUCUCUCUGGUCACUUCUCAUAGCCAGUGUCCAUGACCCCACUCAGUGGCCAGCCUGGGCUGAAGAGAGCUCGUCCUCAAGAUGUCCGGGGAGCGCUUGUGUCCGGGCAAGCCUUCCUCUUUGUUGCACUAAUAUAACCCCUUCCUGGUCAUUUGUCCUAGGAAAGGGAUGGGUUCUUUGAAAUUCAUCCAUUAAAAAAAAAGGAAAAAAGA